AGCUCCAAGUGUGCAAGGACACAGAAAAGGCAAGGCUCCCGCCCCAAUCUGUCAUCACUCUGAGAUAUGCUGGACGGCUGAGGAGAAGGAGCGUUCAUAAGAAUCAUCUUGAAGAUGGGUAAUGAAACAUCAUCUCCAGAAACCUCAGAAGCCAGCGAUGCUGAAGAUAAUUCUUAUGAUGGCGAGCUGAUGCCUGAAAAUUUUCAGAAUGAUGGUCCAGAUGUCCAGCCUGUGCAUGUCACUGAUGGCAACUGUGUUCAAAGCAAAGCAGAUGUUCAGCUAAACACUGAGGCUCCCUCAUCUCGCCAGACAAUGGAGAUCAGCACCAGCACUGGGCUGCAGGAGGACAAAGCAGGGAAGGAUGCCAAUAAUGCCCCUCCAGCUGCCAAGUCCCUUUUUUCCAUGUCCUUUUCCCGGUCAGUGCCAUCCCGUACUGAGCCCUCAUCUGUUGUUGAUUCAUCAUCAGUCGCCUCAAUAAGCAGCCCAGAAAACCACACAGCAAACCGUUACACAGCUGAAAAGACUGUUACUUUUCAGACAUCCAGCCCUGGACAGCAAUCAGCACCGAAGGAGGAGCGACGUGCCGGUGAAGCCACACGGAGUGAAGAAAGAUCAGAAGCACCUCAGACAGGCCCACGUGUGGAACCCAAACCCAAUCAAAAGGAAAAAAGCUUUUUUGAUAAUUUUUUUAAAUCUUCAGUUUCAGAAACAGAAACUGAUAAACCCAAUGAUAAGAUUAAUUUAGAGCAGAAUCAAGUCAACCAUACUUGUUUGCCUGCCCAGGAAGAGCUCCUGGCCCAAGUGAGCAAUGUGCAGCAUGUGAGUUCUGCAGACAACAACAACCUUUCCGUAAAACUGGGGAACUCAACGAACAAAGCUGCCAGGAGUGCCGCAGUGCCUCCAAUCAAUGCUGAAUUAAGGAGUGGUGCCGAGGGAAACAUCAAAGAGGAAGCUCCAGCCGAGGACAGUUCAGUCAUGAACUUCUUUAAAACCUUUGUUUCUCCAAGUAAAACAUCUAAAUCAGACAAUGAAGCCCUGGACACUUCAAAGGAAAAGAAACGAGUGGAGGUAUCAGCUGAGGCAACAACCAAACCUGAGAAGGAGCAAAAGCCAACAAAAAUUGAAAAAGCUCAAGGAAGUCAGCCAAGUACUCAGAAAUCAGGUAAACCUGAAGCCAUGUCUGAAAGUGCUGCAGUAAAGGAACCUGAUGUCCUGGCAAAGCAGAAAGGGGACAAGGAGCCCACCUCUAGUCCAUUCAUCAAGCUCUUCAGACAAAAGUCAUCAAAGGAUGGGUCACAAGCAGAUGAUACAAGAUCAAAUGGGACUCAAGAAGUUGAUGCAGCUCCCACAUCUGUGCAAGAAGCCAGUAAGGUGGAAAACAAAAAUGUUGAAGUCCAACCCAAACAGAAAGGUACCCUAGUGGACCCACAGAAGGAGACACCCAAUGAGCUGGAAAGCCAGGUGAAGCAGAAGCCAGCUAAAGAGAGCUCUCCAAAUCCCUUCAGUAAACUCUUCAAACAAAAGACAGAAGUAUCAGAGACUCAAGAUGCAAAGCAGGACCAAGUUGACAGUCCACAGGUUGAGGUACAGAUCCCGUCUAUCUUGAGCCAGCCUAUAGAAUCUAAACCCCCAGAAGCAAAACCAGCAGAAGAGACCAAACCUGCAAAGUCAACAUUUGUGUCCUUCUUCAAACAACUGACUGUCAAAGAGGAAGAACCAGUUGCAAAUUCUUUGCAAGCAAAUGGGAAAGAUUCACCUGUGACCACUUUAGAUCCCAAAAAUAAAAGUGAAGCAAAAGAAACGCCUGUUCCACUAUCUACUGUAAAAGAAGAUGACAAGUCUCUGCAAGAAAUGAAGAAGAAGAAUGGCAGAAAAGAGGAUGUCUUUGAGGCUCCCUCACCAACUGAAGAGGUCAUGAAGGAAUCACCAAAAAGACUAGAGAAGAGACCCUCGAUUGGAGGCUUCUUCAAAGGCCUGGGAUCAAAAAGGAUGUCUGAUGCUGAGGUGCAGACAGAUCCCGUCUCUAUUCUCCCUUUGGAGAAGGCAAAAUAAGGAGAAAUUAUUCAAAUAUGUUAAAAAUCAGAAAUUGGACUCAUCUUUGAAAUGGCUGACUUUUUCAUCUCCUUCUCAAAAAUGCUGAGGAUGUGUGAGACAUCUGUGGAACUAAUAACAGGGGGCUUGGGUAUGUGAUUCAUGGAGAAAUGAGUGGGAAGCGGAGAGCUGAUGCCUUUCAUUUUUUUCAGCUUAACUGUAAAUCAGUCUGGUGGAGUCACGAGAAUGGCACAUGAUCAUGUGAGAUAUUGGUGGAAACGAUGAAAGAUUUGAAAUGACCUGGUAAUCUGUUAAUGCCUGACACUGAUUUUUGCUUAUGUAACAUUUGUUCAAAUAGUUAUUUCAAAUGUUCACAGAUUUGGUUUAUUUGUCAUGAAUAUAAAAUACACUAAUCUUGUUAUUAAAACUUUUGUAAUAUACAAAUAUAUCUUUAUUGGGCAGAUCUUGGUUAAUUUUUUAGAUUCAGAAAUGUAACAGAUUUUGAAUGAAAUAUGUUUCUUGAGUCAUUGUAAUAAAAGGAAAAUGCUGGGUCA